GCGGGAAGGGCUCGGCGCGCGCCCGGAGCUGCGGAGCCGCGGGGAGCCCCGGGACACGCACCGAGGCCAUGCACGUCGUGAAGCGAGAUGGACGCCAGGAGCGCGUCAUGUUCGACAAGAUCACGUCGCGCAUCCAGAAGCUCUGCUACGGCCUCAACGCCGACUUCGUGGACCCUGCCCAGAUCACCAUGAAGGUGAUCCAGGGGCUGUACAGCGGUGUCACCACGGUGGAGCUGGACACCCUGGCUGCUGAGACAGCUGCCACCCUGACCACCAAGCACCCUGACUACGCCAUCCUGGCCGCCCGCAUCGCCGUCUCCAACCUGCACAAGGAGACCAAGAAAGUGUUCAGUGAUGUCAUGGAUGAUCUCUACAACUACAUCAACCCUCACAACGGGAAGCACUCCCCCAUGAUCUCCAAAGAAACUCUAGACAUAGUUUUGGCCAACAAAGAUCGCCUGAAUUCUGCCAUUAUCUACGACAGAGACUUCUCCUACAACUAUUUUGGUUUUAAGACUCUGGAGCGCUCCUACCUGCUGAAAAUCAACUCAAAAGUGGCCGAGCGUCCCCAGCACAUGCUGAUGAGGGUGUCUGUGGGGAUCCACAAACACGACAUCGACGCUGCCAUCGAGACCUACAACCUCCUGUCUGAGCGCUGGUUCACACACGCCUCCCCCACCCUCUUCAACGCUGGCACCAACCGGCCCCAGCUCUCCAGUUGUUUCCUGCUGUGCAUGAAGGACGACAGCAUCGAGGGGAUCUACGACACCCUGAAGCAGUGCGCGCUCAUCUCCAAGUCUGCUGGUGGGAUUGGCCUGGCUGUGAGCUGCAUCCGAGCCACGGGCAGCUACAUUGCUGGGACAAAUGGGAACUCCAAUGGGCUGGUUCCAAUGCUGAGGGUCUACAACAACACUGCCCGUUACGUGGAUCAAGGUGGAAACAAGAGACCUGGGGCUUUUGCCAUCUACCUGGAGCCAUGGCACUUGGACAUCUUUGAGUUCCUUGACUUGAAGAAGAACACUGGGAAAGAAGAGCAGCGAGCCAGAGACCUUUUCUUUGCCCUCUGGAUUCCUGAUCUCUUCAUGAAGCGAGUUGAGACCAACCAGGACUGGUCCUUGAUGUGUCCCAAUGAGUGUCCUGGCCUCGAUGAGGUCUGGGGAGAGGAAUUUGAGAAACUCUAUGAAAGCUACGAGCAGCAGGGCCGUGCCCGGCGGGUGGUGAAGGCCCAGCAGCUCUGGUACGCCAUCAUCGAGUCGCAGACCGAGACGGGCACCCCCUACAUGCUCUACAAGGACUCCUGCAACCGCAAGAGCAACCAGCAGAACCUGGGGACCAUCAAAAGCAGCAACCUGUGCACAGAAAUCGUGGAGUAUACCAGCAAGGAUGAGGUGGCAGUCUGUAACUUGGCCUCCAUCGCCCUCAACAUGUACGUCACUGCGGAGCACACCUACGACUUCAAGAAGCUGGCUGAGGUCACCAAGGUCAUUGUCCGAAACCUCAACAAAAUCAUUGACAUCAACUACUACCCUGUGCCAGAGGCCGAGCGCUCCAACCGGCGCCACCGGCCCAUCGGCAUCGGGGUGCAGGGCCUGGCUGAUGCCUUCAUCCUGAUGAGGUUUCCCUUCGAGAGCCCCGAGGCCCAGCGCUUGAACCAGCACAUUUUUGAGACCAUUUAUUACGGUGCCUUGGAAGCCAGUUGUGAGCUGGCCAAGGAGCAAGGGCCCUAUGAAACCUAUGAGGGUUCUCCUGUCAGCAAAGGAAUUCUACAGUACGACAUGUGGAACGUCACCCCAUCUGAUCUCUGGGACUGGAAGGCUUUAAAGGAGAAGAUUGCCAAAUACGGUGUCAGGAACAGCCUUCUCCUUUCCCCCAUGCCAACUGCUUCCACUGCUCAGAUCCUGGGCAACAACGAGUCCAUCGAGCCCUACACCAGUAACAUCUACACACGCAGGGUCCUCUCAGGAGAGUUCCAGGUUGUGAAUCCACACUUGUUGAAAGAUCUCACGGAGCGGGGCCUGUGGAAUGAGGAGAUGAAGAACCAGAUCAUUGCCCACAAUGGUUCUAUCCAGAACAUACCUGAGAUUCCCGAGGACUUGAAGCAGCUGUAUAAGACAGUGUGGGAGAUCUCCCAGAAAACCGUCCUGAAGAUGGCAGCAGACAGGGGAGCUUUCAUCGACCAGAGCCAGUCUCUCAACAUCCACAUCGCAGAGCCCAACUACGGGAAGCUCACCAGCAUGCACUUCUAUGGCUGGAAGCAGGGUCUGAAGACUGGCAUGUACUACCUGAGGACAAAACCAGCUGCCAACCCCAUCCAGUUCACCCUGAACAAAGAGAAGCUCAGAGAGCGGGAAAAGGCUUCCAAGGAGGAGGAGGAGAAGGAGAGGAAUAAAGCAGCCAUGGUUUGCUCCCUGGAGAACCGGGAUGAGUGUCUGAUGUGUGGCUCCUAAUGGAUCCUCCCAGCAGUGCCAGCAAAGCCCUUCCACCAGCCUGGAGUCCUGAAAUAGAAGCAUCUAGUGUAGCUUCAGGAGGCAGAGGCUUGCUGGGCCUGUGGCAGGAGGAGGGAUGGCAGGAGUGUUGUAGCUUCCCCAUGGGGCAGGGGUUGGUGCACAGGUUUGGGCAGGGUGCAUAAGGAGUUUGUACAUUUAGGAGCUGGGUUUCCUGGAAAUAGAAGUGCUCUUGCAUGGUCUUAUGUGGAGCCCCGUGGGCAGGACUUCUCCUGAACAGACAGGGGGAGUGCUAGUACCACUUAGCUUAAAGAUCUGUCCUGGGGACUUCAGGCAAUUCUCGUUUAUUAAAGACUGUUACUUGUGUCUUCAGGGGAGGAAGCAGACCUGGCUGAUAACUUUUCCUUUGCUGUGAUAAGGCAGCAGGAAAACUUCCCUAGGCUGGGUGUGUUCUGCUUGGCCAGGCUGUCUGUCAUGCCAAGGAGCAGUUUCUGUUCAGCUUGGAAAGUGUGUGCACAUCUACCAGCAAGACCCUUCUCCCACCAUUUCUUGCUCUCCUUGGCCUCUCCUCCUCCCUUUUGGAAAAGCUUUUUAGUCGUGCAGACUGGGUGGUAGGAGCAUGGCUAACUGGAGAGCUCAUCUUGCCUGGCAGGGCAGGACAUUGUGCCUGGGAAAUGUUCCUUUGCAGGCCUGAACCAGGAUGUGGCAGAACUGCUGCAGAACAUUUUAUUCUCUGUUAAAAACCUACUCUAACUGAGCAGCCAGUGUUCAGGUCAGGGGCUUCCAUGCUGGCCUUGGCCUGAAAGCCUUCUGAAGUGCACAGACCAUCUUUUCUUUUGAGUUGCAUUUAUCCACCCCAGCUAGUUAUUAGAUCUUUUAAAAAUAAUGCAUUUGUACUUCCCUGUGCACAUAACUCCCUGCUCUGAGGCAACGGGGCUGCAGCCAUCACCCAGGUCUCCAAUAUUUAUUGAAUCCAGGUACCAUACAACUAACUCUUAUAUCCAGCCCAACUCAAUAAAAUGUGGAAUGUCA